AUGGCCGACGCGAUGGAGGAAUAUGAGAAAGAAGCUGGCUGUGUCCCCAUCCUACACCCCGAGGAGAUCAAACCCCAGCCUCACUAUAACCAUGGCUACAGCGAUUCCACAAGCCGCAAGAACCAUGUGGACGACUACAGCACCUGGGACAUUGUCAAGGCAACGCAAUAUGGCAUCCUGGAGCGCUGCAGGGACCUGGUCGAGGCCGGCUUCGAUGUGCGACAGCCCGACAAAGAGAAUGUCACACUUCUGCACUGGGCUGCCAUCAACAACAGGAUAGACCUUGUCAAAUACUACAUAUCGAAAGGAGCCAUAGUCGACCAACUCGGUGGAGACCUGAACUCUACGCCUCUGCACUGGGCCACCAGACAAGGCCACCUGUCCAUGGUGGUCCAGCUGAUCAAGUAUGGAGCAGACCCCUCGCUCAUCGAUGGAGAAGGCUGCAGCUGUGUGCAUUUGGCCGCACAGUUCGGACACACCUCCAUUGUGGCCUACCUCAUCGCCAAAGGACAGGAUGUGGACAUGAUGGACCAGAACGGGAUGACCCCUCUGAUGUGGGCGGCCUACAGAACACACAGUGUGGAUCCAACGCGCCUGCUUCUCACCUUUAACGUGUCAGUGAACCUGGGCGACAAGUACCACAAGAACACUGCUUUGCACUGGGCCGUCUUAGCCGGUAACACCACGGUCAUUAGUCUGCUGCUGGACGCCAAUGCCAACGUAGAUGCACAGAACAUCAAGGGUGAGAUGCCGCUGGACCUGGCCAAGCAGAGGAAGAAUGUGUGGAUGGUGAACCACUUACAGGAGGCGCGCCAGGCCAAAGGCUAUGACAGCCCGUCCUACAUGAAACGCCUCAAGACGAAUAAGGACAUCCGACAGAAGGUGAUGCUGGGUACUCCAUUUGUGGUCAUCUGGUUGGUGGGGUUCAUCGCAGACCUGGACAUUGACUCGUGGUUAAUCAAAGGACUGAUGUAUGCCGGGGUCUGGAUCACCGUGCAAUUUCUCUCAAAGGCCUUCUUUGACCACUCCAUGCACAGCGCUCUUCCCUUGGGGAUCUAUCUGGCCACGAAGUUCUGGAUGUACUGCACCUGGUUCUACUGGCUCUGGAACGUGCUGCCUUUCGCCACAGUCCACGUGCCCUUCCUCAUCACCACAGUGUUCCUCUUCUAUAACUUUGGGAAGUCCUGGAAGUCUGACCCAGGAAUCAUCAAGGCCUCAGAAGAGCAGAAGAAAAAGACCCUCCUGCAUCAGAGGAACCACAGACACCUGAGACACUGA